GCUUCCCCCCCUUCCUCUUGUUGUAUUUUGUUUUUUAUUGUUUAGUGGCUGGCUGGACUCGAGGAGAUACGCAUCGAAUAGUCUUAAACCCUUUCGCAUUUUCUCGGACGGGCGAGUUGGGUGAGCGUAUCUCGCUCCACCCCUCUCGUCCAUUGCCACUGCUACUGCCACUGUGCACCAGAUAAUCAAAGGAGACAUCUUUGCGGCCCUUACCUUGGCACAAAAAAAAAAGAAAACCCCCUUUCCAGCAUGCUGAUCUCUCAGCUGCACAAGCGCAACGAAGCGACCCUUAGCCACCGCCAUGGCUGAAUCUCGUCACCCCGUUGCCGGUGUUGCUGCCGCCGAACGCGAAGAUGCCGAUGCGCCCGCCCAAUCUUACGAACCAGGACCUCUGAAGUGUUGCUGUGGUUCGGUGGAGUGUGUCUUUUUAAGACAUAAUUGCUCUGUACUUGCUAGUGUCGAGAAGGAUGUCCACAAUGCUGCCCGGAUGGGUCAGGCCUUGCUCGCGCGCCACGAAGCUUACAUGGCCGACGCAGAACGAGAUCGCCUUGAGCUUACUGCCCGGAUCGAGCAGUUGGAAGUUGACAAUAGGGAGUUGGAGGCCAAGAAUGCGAAGACCAUUGAAGAAAACAGGAAUCUACUCGAUCAGCUCGAGGUACUCAACAACACAGUUAUCGAUUCGGAAAAUCACAUCAAGUCUCUAGAAGCAUCCUUGCUCUCCUCGCAGCAGUCGGUUCGUAGGCUGGAGGGAGAGACGGCGCGUGCUGCCUCAUUAGAACGCCAGCUGGUGGCCUUAGAACAAGAGCAGGCCGAGCUACAAUCUCACCUAACUCUAUCUCGUGAAGAGACUAAGUCGGCCAUAUCGAGAUGGAAGCGAGCCGAGCGGGGUAUCAGUGACUUGCAGGAACAGCUUGAACGGAUGGAGAAAGAAGCACAAGAAGAGAGAGAAUACCAUGUCGAGAUGAUAAGCAGGGUAGAAAGGCAGCGUGAGAUGGAAAAGGAGUUGAACACUGCCGCUGGCCGACUAAAAGGAGCAGCAGCAGUUAAAUCACUUGACCGGGCCAGUGGGGGAGGGAGCAAUGCCGUAUCGCACUUUGUCCGCGAUCUGCUCCAAGACAACGCUAACCUUCAGUAUGGUAUCGCUGAGUUGCGGGAGAUGCUCAUGAACUCCAACGACGAGAUCCAGGCUUUGCGCGAUCAGCUCAUGUACCACCAACCUUUAGGAGAGGAACUAGCCAAUGCUGGCUCGACGCUGAGCGCGGAGCUUGAAUCUGAAAAGGAUUCGCCCGAAAGGAUACCUCCGAAGACUCCACAUGAGCUUCACAUUCACCAUCAUUUCCAUUUGCCGAAGUCGAAGCAGGACCCCAAAAAACCACGCAAAAAACGGCAGGGAAUCUCGCCUGGGGUGUUUACGCCACCUGGAAACACAGUACCGAGCACCCCUCCUCCAAGUGGCCCUCCACGAUCGCAGUUGGGUUCGCAUACGCAUAGGGACUCGCUCCUUUCUAAUUGUUGGUCAACUUAUUCGGACCAGAGGUCUGAUUUUACACACUCGUCAGUUCCAAGUUCGCCUUUAUCAAAUCGCCGAAAUUCGCUGUUCGACCAAACGAUAGACUCAUUUCCAACAUCCCCCACAACCAGUAUUGACCCAUUAUCUCCUUCGUGGCCUGCCACUCAUCAGAAGCAACUGUCGAGCAUAUCGUCGCGAAGUUUUCGAUUUUCCACGACAUCAGCCCUUGUACAGCCCUUUGUAACCGAUACCCAUCCAAUUAUCGAAGAAUCCGAUGACGGGGACAACCCCCCGGAUCUAACCUCGGCUACUGACGAAUCUACCGUAGAAGAUGCAACGUCUUCUGGAGACCAGGAUGCCGUGAUUGAUGAAGCCUCCGGCGCAGAUGAGACGAAUCGUAACCCGAUGCCGUUAGUCAGGUUACGUAGAGCUCUAUCACAAGAGUCGAUAAUAUCGCUCUCCGGCGGCCUUGAUAUCCACACCUUGAAGUCUCGGCCGAGCCAGCUUACGAUCCGCCAGAUAGGUUCGGCCUCUUCUGUGAUAGGAAGUAGUGAUGUUACGGCACGGCCUAUGUUGUUACGCGAUAGCGCUAAACGAAGUAGCGCGCUGCUUCGUGAAAGCUAUGGCUUAUCGUCUGUCGGUAGUUUACGAUCCGUGUCGGAUUCACCAAUGCUAAGUUUCGGGCCGUCGAAACUUGGCAAAUGGGUCGGCUGGCGACCAUGGGGUGGAGGUAGCGGCGGAGGAGAAGCAAGUGGCGGAGGAGAUAAUAGUUCGACUACGAGCAGUACAUCCGCAAAAACGGUGAAAGAUACUGGCCAGAAGUCCACAAUUCGCCCUCCCGGCAUCAAUCAAUCAGGCCCGAUACCAGGGUUCUCGGAGUACCUAGCUGCGUCUCAACGGAGAGUGCCGCCACCCAAGAUCCGGCCUAAUGAUGUGGAUCGUGAUGCGUUAAGGGAAGGGCUCGGAGGAUGACGACGUUGGCGUAUGCUCUGAGCCCAAAAUGACUUUUCCAAUUAACGCCUAAUACU